AUGAACAUCGGCUUUCUUUCUGUAGUGAUCCUUUUAACAACUUUGCUUCGCACUGAAGUGGGUUCUGUAUUCAAUCGUCUACAUGCAAGCGGGAGAACGAUCUGUCAAGAUAAGCCCUAUGAUGGAGCGCACGUUGCAAUCUAUGCACUUUUCAAGAUCAGCGGCUAUCAAUUGCUCAUCGACGGUUACAGUAAUUCGGAUGGGUUCUUCGACAUUUGGGCAGUUGAUGCAAUGACACUUGGUGAUCUCCCAUAUGUCGUGAAAUUCACUCAUAAGUGUGAGUCAAGAAGUGGUGAUUUAUCCUUUCAAAUCGAUUACCCGAAUGCUCUCGUAGAAAGCGGCGAGGAAUUCAAAAUGGGAGAUGUGCUCUUGGCGAGCCCAAUCCGA